AAAUAGCUAAAGGGAAUGGAAAAUCACGUAGACAGCGUCACCGUACGACGACCCACAGGAUCGGCUCCCUGAACCCACUCUCUCUCUCUCUCUCUCUCUCUCUACCCCCAAACCCUAAUUUUUUUCAAUUCCCAAUUUUCGAUUCCCAAAUUUCUGAUCUCUCUCAAUUUCUUCUUCUUCUUCUUCUUCUCCCGCUUUCUCAUCCCUGCUCAAUUUUCAGAAUGGUCACAAAAUAACCUUUUUCUUGCCCUAGCUUUUAUUUAUUAUUAUUUUAUAUUUUCUCGUGCAUUUUGUUUUGCUCCUCCAAGUCAAGCUUUGGUUUUAGCUAUUUCACAGCAGCGCCGGCUCUUUCAUCUUUCUUCUCUCUGAUCAAAUUCCGAUUUCAUCUCAAGAGGAUGGUUUGAAGGGUUUCUGGAAGGUGUUCGGAUAAUGGGUAGCAGCGAGAUGGAUAAACCAGCUAAAGAAAAAGAGAAGGAUUCGAAGACUGCGCCUACUACUACACAGGAGCAGUCUUCCGCAACGAGUACUGGUGCAGUUAAUGCUGAUUGGUCGGGGUUUCAGGCAUAUUCUCCUAUACCUCCACCUGGGUUCUUGGCAUCAAGUCCCCAGGCUCACCCAUAUAUGUGGGGAGUUCAGCAUAUUAUGCCUCCAUAUGGUACCCCUCCUCAUCCAUAUGUAGCAAUGUAUCCCCAUGGUGUAUAUGCCCACCCAUCCAUGCCUCCGGGGUCUUAUCCUUUUAGCCCUUUUGCUAUGCCUUCACCAAAUGGCAUUGCUGAGGCUUCGGGUAACACAACACCUGGCAGCAUGGAAGCAGAUGGCAGGCCGACUGAGGUAAAGGAAAAGUUGCCCAUUAAAAGAUCAAAAGGAAGCUUGGGCAGUUUAAAUAUGAUUACGGGGAAGAAUAAUGAACAUGGUAAAACAUCAGGAGCCUCUGCUAAUGGAGCUUAUUCUAAAAGUGCUGAGAGUGGAAGUGAAGGAACAAGUGAUGGAAGCGAUGUAAACUCGCAGGAUGAUUCUCAAUUGAAGUCGGGAUGUGGGCAAGAUUCUCUUGAAGGUGAUCCAUCUCAGAAUGGCAAUUCUGUGCAUGGUCCUCAGAAUGGAGGACCAAAUACUCCUCAUUCAAUGAUUAACCAAACAAUGGCUAUCAUGCCAAUAACAGCAGCUGCUGCUCCUGGUGCAGUUCCAGGUCCUGCAACAAACUUAAAUAUUGGAAUGGACUAUUGGAGUGCUCAAGCAGCAUCCCCUAUCCCUGCAAUGCGUGGGAAGGUUCCUUCUACUCCAGUUGCUGGAGGAAUAGUUACUGCUGGAUCUCGUGAUAGUGCACAGCUUUGGCUGCAGGACGAAAGGGAGCUUAAAAGACAGAGAAGGAAGCAAUCAAAUAGAGAAUCUGCUCGUCGGUCUAGGUUGCGUAAACAGGCGGAAUGUGAUGAGCUGGCCCAGCGAGCAGAAGCUUUAAAAGAAGAAAAUGCCAAUCUUAGAUCGGAAGUCAACCGGAUCAGGAGUGAGUAUGAGCAGCUUCUUUCAGAGAAUGCUUCUCUCAAGGAGAGGCUUGGCGAAGUUCCUGCACACGAUGAUUUACGAUCCAGCAGGAAUGAUCAACAUUUGAGUAAUGAUGCUCAGCAAACUGGUUCGCAAACGGAAAUGUCCAGUGAUCGUUAGAUCUGGUAACCCUUGUUACAUGCAGCUCAAAAGGAGCAAUAACCUAACCAUUUAGCAACAGAAUUUUUAUCUGCAUAGCUUGUAGUUUGACUUUUAUUAAAAAAGUUAACCUUGAUAGUUUUAGGAUAUGUUUAUUUUCGGUAUCACCCCUUAUUAUGAUUCGGCCUUAUCUUAAUUAGUCGAUGCCCGUUGGAUGAUAUGUAGAGUGUGAAAUUCAUGUUAUAUACCCCUGUUUGUUGCAAAAAAGAAAAAAAGGGUGGUAUUCAUACUUAAAUGUAUUUUAUGGUUGAUGAAUGCACAGUUUGGGAAGAAUUGUUUUUAACUCCCAAGCAUAUUCUAUAAA